CUAGCAUUUUAAGAACUUACUUCAUUUAAUUUUUUAACAUUAUACACUUGAAGUUGUUAUAAUCUGAAUAAAUAAGAGAAAAUGUUUCAAGUUGAAGAAAUUAAAAAUUCAACCGCACUUAAUUUUAAAAACAAAGGAGGAUCAGGACUUGUUAAUGUUCUUCCUUUAGAUAAUAUUCCGGUGGAACUUCCCGAGUCGUGGACUUUUAAAGCAACUUGUAUGCCAAUUGAGUAUAAAAACAAAGCAGAAGCUUUUGCUAAUUUUGAAGUUCGACAAGAUGAUAUCUGGGUAGUUACAUAUCCAAAAUGUGGAACUACUUGGACACAGGAAAUGACAUGGAUGUUGGCUCAUGACUUGAAUUUUAAAGAAUCAAAUUCAGUUGAUAUAGCUGAACGAAGCAUAUUUUUUGAAAUGGAAGGAUUAGUACCGACAGAUACUUGCGAAAGCUUUGAAUUACUAAGCAAUCAAAAGUCUCCUAGAGUCAUAAAGACUCAUUUGCCAAUUGGAUUACUUCCCAGAGAUAUUUGGAGAAAAAAGUGCAAAAUAAUCUAUACAUCUCGGGAUCCUAAAGAUACAUUGGUUUCCUUUUUUUAUCAUUUCAAUGGUGCUACACAAUAUAAAGGAAGCAUUGAAGAAUUUGCUGAACAAUUUUUAACUGAUAAUAUGAUAUAUUGUUCAUUUUGGAAUCAUGUUCUUGAAUUUUGGCUUAUUCGAGAGCAAUCAAAUAUUCUUUUUAUUACUUUCGAAGAUAUGAAAAAAGAUUUGAGAACGAUCUUAAAAAAAACAUCAAAAUUCCUCAAAAAAGAUUACACCGAAGAAGAACUAAGCCAACUUAUGGAACAUUUAUCGUUCGAUAAUAUGAAAGAAAAUGCAACUUGUAACAAUCAGGCUCAUGUCAAAGCUCUAUAUACUUUCAAUCAAUUAGAAUAUGAUGAAAAAACUUCAUUUAAAUUUAUGAGAAAAGGGCAAGUUGGGGGAUAUAAGAAUGUAUUACCACUUAAGUACGUAGAAAAGAUCAAUGCUAAGACGAAAGAGAUCUUUAAGCCGUAUGAUCUCAAUUUAUACUGUGAUAAAUAAAUAAUUUAAGUAAAUAUAAAAAUUGUAGUAAAGAAUAAUAGAGUUAAAUACAAACUAAUACUAAUUUCAAAAACAUCAAUAUUACCAAAAACAAAAUAUGAAAUUAUUAUGUUCACCUGUUGAAAUUAAGGUGAACGAAAUUGGAAUGCAACUCCCAGCACUCGGUCCAAUUUUAUAUUUUUUUUUAUGAAAAAUAAAUAAUAUAAUAAAUAUUAAUAAAAAUCAAACCGCGUAUUGAAUUUCUCUUAAAGCUUUCAUGUAUUUCCUUUGUAAU